AUGCCCAUUCCCACGCGGUCCACCUCGCUACGCGAACCGCGCGAGCUGCGCAAGCCAGUCAGUUCCCCCACAAUCCCCAGCAUUCCAGUCGCUGAAACCGCAGUAUGUACGAUGCAGGCCUCUGGCAUAGCGCGACCUGCAGCAAAAACCACCACCAGCAAAGUGCCCGCCCGAUCCAUCGUGACGAUAAAUCAGCCCCAGCCCAGCCCUUCGCCGGUCGAAGGGGGGCCCGUGAAGGAAGGGCUAUCCUCCCAUGGCCGAACCCUGCUCCCCCAACGCAGCAAUUCUGGCCGAGAUGAGGGACAAGCGCUGGGACAGAUACGCUUUCAACCGCCGGACAAUCGGCCUGCGUCAGGUGGAGAAACUUCGCCAAAAAGGCGACCCCAAACGAGCGAUGAAAAACAAUCAACUGCGACAAAUUCCCCGGCUUCGGCGCCAACCCGCCGCCAGAGCCUCAUGCGACCUAACACGCUGAAGACGGCUGCAUCUUCGGGGGUUACCUCGACUAGGGGCAAUCCCUCCGCUUCUACAAAAGCUGUGCCUUCGAUGACGGCCCCCUCACCCCGCAAACAGCCUGCAAAUCGAUCGCCCACCCGAUCUACCCCAAGACCCCCUUCUCCUAAAAAGAUCGAAAUGCCUCCGCCGCCUCGGCCCAUGCGGUCGGCGUCCUUGCGACAGCCUUCCAGUGCGCGACAGGGGACAGGAGCGUUAUCUGCAGCCCGGGGACAUGCUCGGCAUCGCAGUCAGAUGGUCCCCGCGACAGCAACAAAGAUCCAGCCCGACCCAGCAGCAGCUGCCGCCACUCAGAGGGCCAAGCCGCCGUUCUCAACCUACCAACAACAUUACUCUCCCAAAAAACCCGGAGCAAAACCCCCAACGCCCACCCCAGGUUCCGCUUCUGCGUUUGACGGUUUGCUCGUUCUUACUUCAUGGCCUGAUAUCGCAGCUCUCCAAACAGAACUCCUCCAAUUGAGUCUAUUCCAUUCCAACUCUCUUCAACGGCAUACAAUUUGGAAGGCCGAGUCGGAAUCUGAACUACGUAAAAAGCACGAGACAGUGGCGCGGCAAUACCAAUCUGUCCUGGGGGCCGAAAAACAGCGCCAACAUGAUAUUAAUGUACAAGCCCUUGACUGCUGGUUGCAAAAUUGCCGAGACCACCACGGUUCCCAUGGCUUCCCGAAACAAGUCCAGGAGCUGUCACAAAUAUUGCAGGAGGUAUCUGACUUGGCUGCCAGCGGAAUGAAUGGGCGAUAUACGCGAGCCGUCGAGAUCUUUGAUAAUUGGUUCCAGGAUGCAGAGCAGAUUCGGCAUCGCCGGGAGUCGGUAAAUAUUGUGGACGUCCCGAAAUUUAUUGACCCGCUGGAUCGGACCUGGAAAGAGGAGCUGUUGGCCUUGAAUGCAAAGCUCGAGCUAUGCGCACGACAACUUCAGAGCCUCGACAUCCUGGGAUCGGGUGAGGUAGAGCAACUCGAACAGUCUGCCCUAGCUCGAGUGGCACAGGGCCUCAAUGAAUCGAUUCAACUCAUGGUCCAAGAGAUUCGGGCGAUGCGCAAUGUUGAGGCCGAGCUUGUUCGCAUGGAAAGAGAUGUUGUCAGUCACCUUGCGACGCAGUUGACCAGUGCGCCUCGGCAAAUAAGCACACCGCGAGCUGGGCUUUGGAUGUCUUGA